AGCAAAUGAUAGUUUCAUGGAUUUAUUCUAUCCACCACAAUCUAUUUCAAUGAAAUCUACUCAUAAUUAUAAUAAUUUAAAUAAUGAAAAAAAUUUAUUCAACAAUAACGAUAAUCAUAAUAAUAACAAUAGCCUACAUCAAAAUACGAUGCAUUAUUUAAGAAGUAUACGUAGAAAACGCAGAAAAUUAAUUCGACAAGGCAGUUUCAAAUCAUUAACUAAUUAUUCAAUGUAUAAUCUGCAUAAAACUACCAAUUAUGAUAGAUUUGAACGUAGUGUAAGUUAUCAACCAACGAAAUUCACCAGUGGCAAUAAUAAUAAUCAUGAUGAUAGUACUAAUCUGCAUUUCACAUUUCAUUCAUCCCAUUCAUCAUUAUCAACCUCUUGGUCAUCAAUUAAUUCUAAUGGAAAUGUGGAAAAUGUUAAACAGAAAUCGGGACCAACUGAAUUGUUUAUGACAGAAACACCAAUUUAUCAAUAUGAAUAUAUUAAGUCAAUGGAAAAUAUUUAUUUCCCAUUUUGUGCUAAUGAUACACAGACAGGAGAAAAUAUAAU